AUGUAUCAAAAACUCAAAAAGUUCAUCAUGAACAAACGAAAGAGGGAGGCUGAAGGUGAGUUCUGACACAAUGUUGGUGUGUUAUUUCGCAGAGCGAGCGCAAGAUGAUUACUACAAACGACUGAGGAAGGAGCGCGAGGAACGCAAAAGGCAGACAAAACUGUUUGCGGAGUCUCUAGAAAAUACGCGAAGAGAGGUGAACUUUUCGCAUCAUAUUUUUACCCUUUAUCUAGAUCAUUGAGACACGAAAGCGUGUGGAGGCAUUAAAGGCUGAGAGGAACGCCCUGUUCACGCGCCUGAAGCAGUUAUCACAAGCAACAGCAAUGCGCGAGAAGGCCAAGAGGUACCCUGCAGUCAUGAAAAUUUACCUUUAAGGGCUUCGCUUCUGCUUGUCCCAGAAAUGCAGCCAAGGACAUUUGGCCCAACUUACCCGGCGGACACCUUGAGUUCGGCGGGCACUUUGCAGCUGGGGAAGGCUCCGGCACAAUUCCAGGUACGAGGCUUAGGCAGUAACUCCAUGGUCAUUCGGUCCGCGUGA